AACCGAAAGACAGCAGCUCUCUGGUGCAGUCUCUCUGCAGCAGCACACCUAGCCCUGGGCCAGGACCGGGAGGACCGGGAGCCCACCGGGGAGCAGAGCUGAGAGGGGAGGCUCCGGGCGAGCGGGACCAGGACCACGGGAAGCCACGAUGUUUCCAGGGAAAUGUCAGAGUGCUCUGGGGGUCUUCAGGCUGUGGGUGUGGACAGCGCUCUGUUGUGAUUUCGCUGCCUACCACGGAACCAACUGCUGGACUUACCAUUAUUCUUCAAAGCCCAUGACCUGGGCGAACGCUAGAAAUUUCUGCCAACAGCAUUACACCGACUUAGUCGCCAUUCAAAACAAGGGGGAAAUCGAGUACCUGAACAAGACGCUCCCCUUCAGCCGCUUUUACUACUGGAUAGGCAUCCGGAAGGUGGGAGGGGUGUGGACCUGGGUGGGCACCAACAAGACCCUCACGGCGGAGGCUGAGAACUGGGGCGAUGGGGAACCCAACAACAAGAAGACGAAAGAGGACUGUGUGGAGAUCUACAUCAAGAGGAGCAGGGAUGCGGGGAAAUGGAAUGACGACGCCUGCCACAAGCCGAAGGUGGCCCUCUGUUACACAGCAUCCUGUGAACCCUGGUCAUGCAGCGGCCACGGCGAAUGUGUGGAAACCAUCAACAAUCACACCUGCCGCUGUGACGUGGGGUACUACGGGCCGCAGUGCCAGUUUGUGAUUCCGUGUGAGCCUUUGGAGGCCCCGGAGCUGGGGACCAUGGCCUGUGUUCACCCACGGGGAAACUUCAGCUAUGGCUCACGGUGCGCCUUCAAUUGCUCCGAGGGAAUGGACCUUGCUGGGAGCAAGGAGACCACCUGUGAGCCGUCUGGAAACUGGUCCUCUCUAGAACCAACCUGCCAAGCGAUGCGGUGCAAGCCUCUAACGGGGCCUGAUUUGGGGAGCAUGAGCUGUACUCACCCCUUGGACAAAUUUAGCUUUAAUUCCUCGUGCACCUUCAGCUGCUCAGAAGGAACCGAGUUGAUCGGAGAGAAUAAAACGAUUUGUGGACCCUCUGGAACCUGGUCGAGCCGCACUCCAAUAUGCCAGAAGCUGGACAGGAGCUUCUCCAUGAUCAAGGAGGGCGACUACAACCCUCUGUUCAUCCCCGUGGCCGUCAUGGUGACAGCCUGCUUAGGGGUGGCAUUCAUCAUUUGGCUGGCAAGGCGACUCAAAAAAAGCAAGAAGUCACAGAAAAGCAUGGAUGAUCCCUAUUAGACCACCCUCUGGGACGGAAAGUUCUCUGGAUACUAACGCAUCCCUGGACCCUCCGACCCUCUGAUCCUCCGUGAAAAGUUUUGCACGGCGUGUCCGCUCCACAGAGAUGAUGUGUCCCGUUCAGCGCACCAGAAAGGAUUUCUGCAGAACCAGCAGCUGCUUUCCCAUUGCCCGCCUUGCCUUCGACCCCCAGCCCGCCGCUGCUGUGGUUUAUGUGACUCAGGGUUUUAUCCUCUUUUGCAUGGAGAAACAAGACCCCAAGGGGAAGGAUUACUGUGGAACAUGAGGACACCCAGUUUCGCUCUCUUUCUUGCCUGUUGUUUCCAGUUCCAACUCAGAGCUGUACCGGAUGACAGUCACUUCUCCGUGCUCUGAGAAGUCCACACGUAUCGUCUGUGUCACAGACCACACUUCACGUGUUGGGGUGCAUUCUUACAGAAAGUUAGUAAAACUCGUGUUAUCCUAGCCCUUCGACUCCCACAAAGUAGUGGGGCUUUGCUCUGAAAGGGAGAAGUCCUUCCCGCACUGCACCCCCUGUCCUGUAGAAGCAGGGCACCCUAUGUGUCGCCCCCUGCCUCCCCUGCACCCUGCCACUCCCCUGGUCAGGGGACUCCCCACCAUGACACCCCAUGAGCACCACAUCUGAGCAAAGGCAAGGCAAGCUGGCCCUGUUGCCUUGCCUUUUGGAUUUGGGUUUUGCUGUCUGUUUCAAUUACGCCUGCCCAGAUUUCUUUCUUAGCCACUAUACUGUCAAUAAAGAACCUCGCCACCAGGAUGCAGCUACAGACAACGUCCAUCUCUCUGAUGUCACACAGAAGAGUUAAAACAAAGUGGAAAGAGAUUCCUUGCCCCGUGCUGAGAUGCUCCCCCUUCCCUGCCCCCAGGUCUCAUAUCCACCUACCUAGAUUCCAUCACGCCUUAUGCCUUAUCUCAGGUAUCCCCAGCCUCACUGCUUCUUCCCUAACUAGUCCUCACCUAGCCCAGUGCAUGGCUGUCUCCCCUUCCUGGCAUCCUACUGCAAGGUUAGUCUGAAAUCCGCAGUUUUGUCCUUAAAUACAGUUUGGGUUUGUUCGUUUGUUUUCUAAUGUGACCUACUUUGUUAUUUAGAAAAUGAUCAUGUAUAUGUUUUCUCCCCAAUAAAAUCCCACUUUCCCUAAAGGCAGAGAUGGUGCCACAC